AUGUGUGAAUAUAUGGACUUAAAUAAAUACAUUGACCAUUUGUUGAUUCAGCUGGAAGAGCAGCGCUGGAAUAUAUGGAGGGAGAAGCUGUCUGUGGCUCGGCUACAGCAGGAAGUUGCGCAAAGUAAGAGUGACGGAGCAAUGCGUGAGAAGCUGAUACAUGAGUUGGAGGAAGAGCGACAUUUAAGACUUGAAAGUGAAAAAAAGUUACAAGAGGUGACACUGGAAUCUGAGCGCAACAGAGCUCGAAUGCGUGGAUUGCAACAGCAGUUUUCAAGAAUGGAAGAGACUGUGAGGAAUCUACUUCAAACUCAAGGAUCACCAGAGCCAAAUGAAGAAGAGCCCGUUAACAUAAUAAAGGCAUAUCAGGACACAUUGACACAAGAAGGCAAAAGAUGCAAGAUAGGUAUCGAAGAUACUUGCAUCACAGUAGAUAAAGAUUCAGGGAGCAAGUACGGUGGUACUGAAGAAGAGAAAGAAAAAACAAAAUUACUGCUAGAACGGCUCAAGGCUCUCGAGGAAGAGAAUUCUGCACUGGCCAUGGAAAAUGAAAAUCAGAGAGAGCAGUAUGAAAGGUGCCUCGAUGAGGUAGCCAACCAGGUUGUACAAGCACUGCUUACUCAGAAGGAUCUGCGGGAGGAAUGCUUAAAGUUGAAAACAAGAGUCUUUGACCUGGAACAACAGAAUCGAACACUCAGUGUGCUAUUCCAGCAAAGAAUGAAACCAACAUCUGGCUUACUGCUUCAGAAACUUCAUUCACGCAUCUUAGAUCUGUCAUCUGGGGAUUUCCUUUCUGUGGUAGAAACGAACAGAAGUUUGAUACCAUCGCAAAGUGCUGAUGUUCAGGUUCAUGAAGGUCAGCAGAUUAUGAAAUCUGGAAUACCUGCACUGAAAUGCCAGAAUCAAUUAAACGUGACAGGGACCAACCGAGUUUAUCCUCGAAGCAGCUGCAGCAGUAGUGAACUCUCUUUGUCAAGUGCCUGCAGUGAAUAUUCCAGCGGCUCUUCCUGCACUUGGAAUGAUGGAAGGACAUGCAGUAAAAGGUCAUCAGUAAAUUGGGAUAAAAGAGUAAGCAUUGGUUCCUCGCUCCCCAGCAACCUUUCUAGUCCUGCUGAAGAUCUACCUCCCACCCGAAUCAAAGAAAACCACAUUUUGGAAGGGCUGAAGAUGCUACAAAAGCGAAAAAUACUUCUUGAGCCACCUUCCAUCAUAUCCAAAUGGGGAUACAAAGACUGCAUGGAUUCUAAUGAAGGAAUCUAUUCCCCUGGAAUUAAGUGCAGCAGUCAUAAAGAAAAGGUGAAUCACAUGUCAGAAGAAAUGGACGCUAUUUGCAUGGAGCACCAGAAAACCUUCACAUAUGAUUCAGAUUCGCAUGAGGAUGCUGAUGACGAGUCUUCCUCGUUAGCACUGCUGUAUGACGUUCCAAGUAAAGACUGUUGGCACUACUGUAAUAAAUUAACUCACAGUAUUUCUGACAGCCUGUUUGGUUGGGAGCCUGAGAGAAGACAUUUACCAGAAAGAGGCUCGUGUUUUGGUUCAAAGGAAAGACCUGAAAAACUGACUAGUUUUGGCCAUGAAUUUCAGUCAGAGGCAAAAUCAUGCACAAAUGUUGAGCUGCCUGUGUUAGACACAGACAACAGUCCUGUUAAUGUGGGCUGGAAGGACCUUAAUUUACACCUCUCUGACACCGAUGACAAUGAAGUCCUGGAUGAAUUACAUAUAGAAAGUAGUGAUGAAAAAAGUCCAUCAGAUUUGUCAUUAAUUCCCUUUGUUGUCAAGCAUGCAGAGAGCACUGAUGUGCUGGUAAAAUCUUCUGAAAAGGAAGAAAAACAGGUACACUCUUCUACAGACAUUAGGCUGAAGGCAUGCAAUUUCAUUAAGCAACAAAAAGUUAUAAAGAAGACUUCCUCAGAAGAAUGCAUUACUGUAAUUUUUGAUGCUGAAGACGGAAAACCUAUUGAAUUCAGUUCACAUCAAACUGGAGUUGUCACUGUAACUAGAAAUGAACUGUCAAUAAACCACCCAUACACUGGGCCCAACAGAGAAUACACUGAAUGUUUACCUCAGGGAAUAGCAAAUUUGCAAAAAAGAACUGAUGCUCAGAACUGCAACAUUUUGCAAACGUCUGACAAUGAAACUGAGAGACAGAUUCACCAGUAUAAGCUAGAAAAUGAACAUGUAGUUAUUCCCACCACCUGCAACAAUGAAUCUCUUGUACAUUUUGAUAGACUCGUGUUUCAGAAUAGUCCACAGCAAAAGCUAAUGAUUCCAGUUAGCAGUAUUUCUUCCAAGGCCAACUCUCCUCCUUGUAUACAGUCAGGUAUUAAUCAAAAGCAAAAGUUGACUAAAAUACCCAGCAGAAGUAAGUUUUCACCUCAUAAAACGAAAGUAACAGUGAGUGAGGAUUUUUCUGCAAACUCUUCACAUUGCCCUAUAACCCUGGAAAAAUCUCCAUUGUCCCCUGUAAAAUGUUUGACGUUUAAAAAGACACAAAGCCCAACUCAAAAUUCUGAUUCACAAAUAGAUUUGGAUAUCCCAAACCUCUUAAACCACCCUCCCGAAAAUUCUAAAAUCCUGAGCAGAAAAGAUUGGCCCAAGAGUCAACUUCCAGAAUCUUCUUCAUUGCCUCAGCAUUUUACAGAUGCCAAUGAUUGUGGAGAACCUCCAACUAGAGAUAUUAGUUGUGAUUUCCCUUCUGCAGAAACCAUAUCUACAUCACCACCACUCCCUCCAGGGAAGUCAGCUUCCCUACUGAUAAGAUUAGACUAUGAACAUUCACCACCUGCACCUAGAAAAACAGGGCCAAAUUCUCCUAUUGGAGCAGCAAAAAAUGCAGUAAAAUUGUCACCACUGAAAGGAAAGUCAAAGUGUGCUUCUCUUAGUAUCACUACAUGUGAAAUGCAAAACAACAAACCCCCUGCAACAGCCAAAACUGAAUUAAACCACUUUACACAAAGCAAAAGCCUCUCUGAGCCCUCCUCUGGAAUAUGCCAGGGCACUCCAAAAGUUUUGUCAAAGAAAAAUUCUCCAAAAACUUCAAACCAGUCUGUACCCUGCAGUAAUCAAGAACUGUAUCAUUCCAAAGAUGUCCUCUCAGCAUGCCCGUCACAAGAUAUAAAUCCACUGAAAAAUGGGUCAUUGUCUGAGGAUGUUGGAACACCUCUGAAACAUAAGAUCGCAAGCAGUUUCCCCAUAUCGUCAGAUUGUCACACAGUAAUGAUUGGUGAGCCUUUUCUGCCUCAGAUUAGUCACUCCCCAUUAUCGUUUUUGCCUCAGGGCGGUGAAGCUGGAACCAUGCCAGACAAAGGACUGAAGCCCCAUCUGCCUGCUGGACUUAAAUUACUCAUAAAAUCACCUCAUCUUCUCAGAAAAAGCUGUACCAUACCAGGGAAGCAGGAAAAAGAUAGUAUGAAUGCUGCCUCCAAAAGCUACGUAAAUCCUGGUAAAUGCAGGGGAGGUAGAUCUGUAUCACAAACCACCUUAGAUACAGCAGAUAUUGAAUUAAGGAGCCCUUGUACAAAGGGUGAAACAAAAGAAUGUUCUGCUAAGGAGCUCGGUAUGGAUAUAGUUUCUUCUGUUUCACCUGAGACCAUCAAUUUAAUGGACAGAGGGGAUGGCUUAAAGAACAAAUUAGUUAAAAAAUCUGUUACUUCUAGUAAUAAAACAUACCUGAAACCCGCUCUAGGAAUGAAUGGAGCAAAGGCCCGUAGUCAAAGUUUCAGUAUUCAUACAGGAGAAAAAUCACCUAUGCCUUCAGCGGAAGGGCUUGGAAAGGUACGAACACAAAUUAUUACCAAUACAUUUGAACGAGGAAAUUCUUUAACCAGGCAGACUUCUGCUGGGUCACCAAUGGCAUCUGAUACAGUUUCAAGCACAACAAAAGUCCCACAGGUCACCUACUCCAGACAGGGAUCUUACGGAAGCAUGAGCAGUUGCAGUAGUCAGGUGGACAGCCCAAGCAACAUGCCAUUCCAGACAUCUCCAAAAGGGGAUUUAUUUUACAGCAUUUCAACAAACGAGGGCAACAAAUCACCAUCUCAGAGAAAUGUCCAAAGUAGAUGUGCUGAUGAUGAAAAGGGCAGUGAGAUUUCUAAACAUCACCCAGUAAGCAAAAAAUGUGUCACACAAGCAGAAAUGGCAUUGGAGUCAUCAACCAGUAUUUCAUCAGAACAAAUAUUGCCACUUCAGAAAAAUCUAGACAGUAUACCAUGUCCUUGUAAACAUGAAGAAAACAAGAUGCUUUUGCAGGAAGCCAGCCUGAAUGUACCUGAGGCCUCAGAGAAUGUUUUGACAUCUGUUGCACAACCUACAAUAGAAGAAAAAGUCAUGCUAUGCAUCCAAGCAAAUAUGCAAAAGGGGCAAGGGCAAAGCAGAUCUCCUACCCCUGAGACAAAGCAAAAGAGUGGAGGACCUUCUAUUGCUAACUGGUUUGGGUUUCGUAAAAGUAAACUCCCAGCCCUGAGUGGUAGGAAAGCAGACGUUUCCAAAGUAAAGAUAGAGAAGAAAGAAGCAAAAAGUUUAGGGUUUGGGAGUAAGCAAACAAAAUCAGAAAAAAGGAAAGACAAAAAGAAAACUGAAUUGCACUGUGAAGCAGAAAAUGAGCUAAAUAAGAAAAGCUUGAAUUCCAGUAUUUUAGAUAGUAUUCCAAAAGGCAAGAAAAUGGUCAAACCCACACAAAACAGUCUCAGCCAAACUAGCUGUGAACAAAAGAAUGGCUCUGCUAUCUCAGGAAAAGACAAUUUUAUGAAAGAGCUUUUACACAGAGUUGAUAAGAAAGCAGCCCAGCAGACAGAAAGCGGAUCAAAUAAUGUUUCCUACAGGAAGAUGUCGAAGGGCAGUUCCCAGGGCUCUUCUCUCCCCAGCAACUCUAUCAGCACUCAAGGAAACCGGAAGAAAAACAGCAAAACAAAGGCUGAUAUGGAAAUACCAAAUGAGACAUUGGCAACAGUGGUAACUGAAAGCUUCCAGGAGGAUGACGAAGACACCAUCCCUGAAUCAACAUGUCAAAGCCACAUAAUAGAAUCCUGCUGCCAAAUGCGGACACUGGACAGCGGAAUAGGAACCUUCCCUCUCCCAGACUCAGGAAACCGCUCAACUGGACGGCAUGUCUCAAAACAAGAACUGGACAUAGAAGCUGAAGUUUUGAUAUUACCCAAGCAAGCUUUUCCUCAGGCUCCUUCUGAGAAAGCCAAAACCCUUGAGCGAGAAGUGCCUUCAACUGCUAAUAAAAACCAAGGAUCUACUGAAAGCAUAAUUAGUCAUUCAACAUCCGAUCCCACUAUGACUGCAAAAAGUGUACGAUCUUUUCAGAGUCGCCUUCCAAAACCAUCUUCUGCAGGACUAAUGACUUCUAUGAAAAUAAGUAGACAAGAGGAUAACUCUCUUAAUUCUUCACCAUUAGUGCAUUCAGAAAAAGAAAAAGCUGGCAACAACAAGAAGAUAUUUCCAGACUGGACUAGCAAAAAAGCUAUUAAAAACAAGGACAGGGCACUGAGAGUCUGCACUUACUCUGCUAGCAGCAGCAGCGAUACUGAAACAGAGUUGGAGUAUGAAACAAAUGAUUUUGGAAAUGGUGGAGAAAAGUUGGUAGAGUUAAUGAAGAACAAUAAACAAGCUGAGCAAGAAGAAAAUAGUGUGAGGAAGUCCUUUACGGGAAGGCCCAUGUCAAUCUUGGAUUUAUACCAGCACGGUCUCUGUGGCCAUUAUGGAGAGGAUGGACCUGAACAAUUAGCACAUUACAGUUUUAUUGAGCAGCUGAAUGGAACUUCCACUAAAGAUGGCAAGAGCAAACAGAUCCCUAGUAAAUUGAAGCAACCUGAGGAAACAAAGGAAGAUUCAGAGAAGAGGCUAUCUAAAAUUUCCCUGGAGUCUCUCAAUAAAUUGAACCGCAGUAGCAGCAUUUUAUUGGAAAAAGAGAAGAACAGUCUGAACAAGAUUGAAGGACAAAAAGAAGAAAAUGGAAUGAAUGAAGAAGUUUCUCUAAAUAGUUCCAGCCGGCAUGGUACAGACCACUUAGAAUCUUUGAGUGAUUCUUUAUAUGAUAGCUUCUCAUCCUGUGCAAGCCAAGGCUCGAAUGAUGUAUAAAGACAGUCUACCUUGAGCUUUGAGUUGAGCACUUAAGGAAUGGAAGGACUAACUAGAUAAGGAAGAGUUGCUGAAAAUAUUUGCUAAGACUGACGUACGAUAUAUCUGGAUAUAUUCAUAUAGAGCAAUAACAAAGAGAGAGUCCCGAGUUUUAAUUGAAAGACUGAACAUUCAACAUGGACAACACAGUUGCUACCUUUUUAUUUUUAAAAAAUGUCUUAACUUUGCACUUUUAUGAAUACUUGUACAGAAGUUGUAAAAAGUUCACAGUGGCAGAGAAAAUUAUAUUUGUAGAAAACAUGACAGCAAUAAAUACUACAUUGGUGCCAUGCUAUUGAAAUGACAGAUUUCUAAUUUUAAAUAUUGGUGUUAAUAUUAACAAAGUUAGUGAUCUUUUUUGUACAAAAAAAUUUAUAAACAUUCUAGUCUUACAACUGUAUGCAGAAACACUAGUAACACAUACUUGAGCUUGCCAAAUUAUCUAUAAUGAAUCUCCUGGAACCAUGUAUUACAACAUGCAAUUUUUCACACACACAGAGUGUAUCUGUGCACGUGUAUGUGAAUUUUGAAAUCAAGUUUCCUUAUAUUUCUGUUCAUGUAACUUGGACAAACCUUCCAAGCGAAGCCCUUUCCAAGCUUCCCAUUUAUCUACCAUGAAUAUGUGUUGUAUUGAUUUUCCUUUGAUCUUAUUCCAUUUGAAUUCUGUUAAUCUGGGAACCAUAAAAUAUAAGCAAUUUAGAUUUGUAAUUCACUCUUUAAAAAAUUAAGAAAAAGUUGGUGCUAGCAAACAAAUGUGUGGGCUUUUUUCUACAAAGAUUGUUUAUAUGUAAGGGAAGAGUCUAUUUCAAAGACGGAGUGUAUUUUUUCUAGAUGUGGAGUAUUUAUAACAACUUUUGUACAGCAAUCUGUAAGCUAGAUAUAUUUGGGAUACUCUCUGUAGCAUAUGCCUUUUCCUCUUCGUUUGGUCCAUAUGAUAUUGUAUUAUCACUGUUACUUUGUUAAAACAUUUGUGCAAUGUUACAUUUCAUGUUGUUUUAAGUAAUGUUGAAGUGGAAUUUCAUUGUCGACUUCUAUGAAAUUUCUUUUGCAUUUUGUUUCUGAAUAAAAGUCAUAUCACAUCCUGCUA